AUGAGGAUGACAAAUAUUCCUUUAUCCACACAAAUACUUUGGCCGGCCCAAAUAAUUCAAACUCCCGAAAAAUAUUAUAAUUUUACACCAAUUUAAUCAUAAGUAUUACUAAUUAAUUUCUCUUGGUGGGAAACCUAAUACUACAAUGGACGACGAUAAACUCACUCUUAAUCCAAAAUUUGAAAAUCUAGAGAGAGAAGAAAACGCAGAAUUACGCUUUUUCUGUGAAGCAUUUAGUUUACUAGAUGCUGUGAACAACUCAAAUCUUCUCUUGGGAUUCUCAACUCAAGUUUGCGAGUCUAAGGAUGGAAAAAUAAACUGGGCACAAAUUCCUGACUUAUUUCCAGACGGCACCGAAUUUGCAACUUACGUAGCCUCCAUAGAAAGGAUCUACCAACUGAUUGACCAAGUUGUUCGAUCUCAACGGUGUUGGAUAACACCCACUCGAACUAGAUCCUUGAAAAUUAUUGCUGCAGAAGCACAUCAUUAUCAUAAAAAUGACUCAAAAUCCUUGCUAGAAAAGGGGAGUGUCCAAAAUAGAAAGAAACGGUCCAGCGUACAGGGAAAUUCCAAAGCGAAAACCUUGGCUGAUGCUUGGAAAGAAAUGAGCACAAAACUUGAAGAGUUAGAAAACUACCAAAACGAAUUCAAAAGCUACCAUGCGGAUUUUCAGAAAAAAAAUUAUCUGCCUCAUCCUGAUUCAUGGAAAGUUUAUUCUGGGACAUUUGCUUUCAUUUUUGCAACAUUAUUGUAUUCCAUAUUUGUAGUGUAGGUAGAAAAUGUAAUAAAAUGAACAUAUGUAUGCACCAAAA